GUGUGUUGUGAGCGGGGUGUGUGCAGUGCGAGGUGUGUGGGGUGUGUGGUGCGGGGUGUCCUGCGCGGGGAGCCGGAAGAGCCGCUGCUGCCCCUUGGGACCGGAGGCCGAAGGGGACAAAAACGGCCGGGCAGUGCGAGAAUUCAGAUUUCAGUUGCUGGAAAGACAUCUUUGGAUUUGUUUAGAGUGGAAGGUGAAUGUUUCUGCAUUGGGAAGAAAUUCCUGCGACAGCAGCACGGGAUGGUCAGGGAGCCUGCUUGAGCCCAGAGCUCACCUGUGAAGUUCUUGCUCUUCUUGAUAUGUGAGAGAAAGUGUGGUCUCAAACCAGCCCCUUUUGGACACACCAUUGGAACUGUUCCUCAGCAGGAAAGACUGGGGUUGACCUACCAUGUCUCGCUCACUGCUUCAGCCAUACAGGUCACAGGUGAUGGGGUUUCUUGGGGAGUUUGACCAUUACUCUUCACUGGCCAAACUCAUGUCCAUCUACCACACAACUAACAGGACCAUCUUCAACUGGACAGAGAGCCGCAUUGUUGAGUGGGAGAAAUUUGCUGAGCUGGCUAAAUAUGAGCCAGAAUCCCAGAAACCAACAGUGAAAGUGCUCCUAAUCGUGGCGUACUCGGUCAUUAUUGUCAUGUCUCUCUUUGGGAACGUGCUGGUGUGUCACGUGGUGCUGAAGAACAAGAGGAUGCACUCUGCCACCAGCCUGUUUAUCGCUAACCUGGCAGUGUCAGACAUCAUGAUCACACUGCUCAACACACCUUUCACCUUGGUCCGGUUUGUGAACAGCACGUGGAUUUUUGGAAAGGCCAUGUGCCACAUCAGCCGCUUUGUGCAGUACUGCUCCCUCCAUGUCUCCACACUGACCCUGACAGCCAUAGCUCUCGACAGGCACCAGGUCAUCCUGAACCCACUGAAGCAGAGGAUGUCCCUGACGAAGGGAGCUCUGAGCAUCUCUGUUAUCUGGCUGAUGGCAACCUGUUUCUCCCUGCCCCAUGCCAUCUACCAAAAGCUUUUCCAGUAUAACUACAGGGAAGCCACUGUCCGGAGUCUGUGCCUUCCUGAUUUCCCUGAGCCUGCAGAGUUGGUCUGGAAGUAUCUGGACCUGUCUACCUUUCUCCUUCUUUACCUCCUGCCUCUGCUGAUUAUCACUGUCACCUACAUGCGUCUGGCCAAGAAGCUGUGGCUCCGCAAUGCCAUCGGGGACAUCACCACGCAGCAGUGCGUCACCCACCACAGGAACAAGAAGAAGAGCAUCAAGAUGCUGAUGCUGGUGGUGGUGGUCUUUGCGAUCUGCUGGUUCCCCCUGAACUGCUACGUGGUGCUCAUCUCCAGUCUGGGCAUCAAGACAAAGAACUCGCUCUAUUUUUCCCUGCACUGGUUCGCGAUGAGCAGCACCUGCUACAACCCCUUCAUCUACUGCUGGCUGAACGAGAACUUCCGCGCAGAGCUCCGGUCCCUGCUCUGCAUCUGCCAGAAGGCGCCACAGGCUCAGGACCAGGUGCUGCCACCCAGGGCCAUGUCCUGCCAUGAGGCAUGGGUGGAGCAGGCCAGGUGCAGGAAGGGACCUGCCUCCCAGGCCAGAUGCUCCACUGGGAACCUCCCAAUGGCCAACACGGACCUGUGAGCCACGGGGCUGAGGGGAGUUACCUGGCUGCGGGAGGCAUCAAAGGGCACCUCCCAGUCUCUCCUCAGGAGCCAGUGUUGCUGCUCUGCCUUUUCACUGCUGACUUUUGGCUGGUCUCACUGUAGCCCCUCCUCUGCUUGGCGUGGUGGGCACACAGCCUCUCCAGCACUCUACCAGUAGAACCCAUGCUGCAGCUGGCCCAGGGGGCAGGAAUAUGUACAGGGGGCAUGGAGCUUCUCAGACAGAGUGAUCUACUUUCCGGUUUUCUCAUUUUUUGCUAUCAGAGGGAGUGGAUCUGGGUUUCCAUCACUGGGCUGACUCACUGGCCUGUAACAUGUGCCAUAAUGUGGGGCUAUGCACAGCAGUAGAAAAGGAUCCGUGAUGACAGGUGUUUGAAGGAAGAUCUUGGACAUGCAGAUGAACUCCAUCCGUAGGGAGUCUCACCAGUUAGUGUUUAGCAAAGUAUCCAACAGAGGUAAGGAUUGUUAACAGCCAUUUUCCUCUCAGAUUCUGCUGCCCCUCCUGCCCUCUGUCCCACCCACAGCAGCUGGAAGCCACCCUCAGACAACGGGAGCAGGGAUGCACCCUAGGAGCCAUGGCCGUAGGCUCAGAGGGCAUGAUGACAGACUAAUGUAGUUCAUUGAGAAGUUCUUUUUAUUAUAAACAUAUUAACUCAGUAAAGAGAGCUACACUGGCACUUUACAAAAGGCCACAAAAUAUUUCAUCAGGGCUGUAGCAUUGACUCACUGAAGAAUGGAAUCAUUCUGCAUUGUUAGUAGUUGCUGUGAAAGUCUCAUUUAAACAACAGGAGGGCAAGAAAGGGCCGUAAGGAAUGUCCUGUGAGGAGCAACCGAGGACUCUGGGGCUGUCUAGUUGGUGCAAACCAGGUGAUGGAUUCCAGAAGCCCAAGGGCAGCCAUAUCUGCUGGGGGGCUCCUGGUCUGCCCGGGUGAUAGCCCAGACAGAGCUUCUGCCCAGAGAGGCAGUGGGGGGGCCUGAGUGACUUGAGGGAAUAAGGACAUACUCCCACCACCUUCCUGGGGGAAGAUAAGCCAGACCAAAGAAGGAAAAUUAAGGACUGUUUGGUUUGGUUUUUUGUUCUGUUUUUGGUUUGGUUUUUUUUUUUUUUUUUUGUUAUUUUCCAUUUGUGCAGUGAGAAAGAACAGGACAGAAAGGAGGGGGGUCCUUUCUUCAGACCACUUGACCCCAGUUGGGUACCUCGGGUGUGCACUGCAAUGCCUGCACCAGAAGAAAACAGCAGAACAUGAGGAGUGGCAGAAGGAAUGGGUGAAUGCUUGGUCCCUGAGGCACUUUGCUUGGAGCUCACAAUUAUUGAACAUGGGAAUUCAAAGCUGUCUGUGCUGGGUGCCAGCGCUCUCUUCCCUCACUGUACAGCAGGGUUUGUUUUCAGUCAAAAAGCAUAAUUGUAAGUUUUUCAAAAUGUUAAAAUCAUGUCUAAUUAAUGAGCAUCACUUCAUUUAAUUAUUAAGAGAAGCUAUCAUUUGCUUUUCUACUGUUCCUCACCCCUCAUUAGCUUUUGAUAGCAGCUCUCAAACUGCCAUGUAUUGUCUUUUAUAUUUCUUAGGUUUGUUUUCCUUCUUUUCUUUCCUUAAAUGGCUUAAUAACCUUUUUUUCUGGAGGAAUCCAAGCCCUUACUCCAAAGAAGUGGGUCUCUCCACACUCCCUUGAUCUUCUGCUAAUCCCUGUAGUUAGCGAUCUCUUGCUGUCAGAAAUAACCUGGCUGGUUUUCCUUGGAUCUGUCAAUUGCAGCAUCUCCUCAUUGCUGAAUUUUUCUCCCCUAAAUGGGCAGGAUGUAAGAGCUGACUGUAUCGAAUCUCCGUAACGGCUCAGUUAUCUGGACUGAUAAUUAUCAAUGCCUGAGUGAGAUUCAGGGCCUUGCAUGCUUCGCCCAAUGCCCCAAGGCUCCUGUAUCACUUUAGGAUGCCCUAACUCCCAGCAGCUCCCAGGCAAACAUAGAAUGCACAAUAUAUAUAAAAAAAUAUAACCUGAGCGUUGUUUGACUGGGGCACACCUCAGUUUGACUGACAGCACCUGAGGCAGGAGGCUGCAUCCCUGCUGGACUCCAAGCCAGGCUCUGGAAAAGGGAAUCUGUGAAAUUCGGCUUCUGCUGGGUCUGAGUCAACUCAGCAUGUAAAUAGAUGCUUAAACAUUCCUUAAUCUGUCUCCAGUCCCGCCGCCCACCUGUGGAAAUGGCUUCCUGAGCGGCGCCGGGAUCCAAGGGAGAGCUCCCAGAAACAGGACCAAGGAUGUGCUCCCGCUCCCAGCCGGACAGUGCUGGUGGGCGCACGGUCCUGCCCCGGCCGGGGCAGCAGCAGCGCUCUUUGUGUCCUGCAGACCCGGAGCUGGAACCGGACAGGAGAGUGGGGUGGGAGGAGAAUCCUCCGCCAUGAGGAGACCCCUCCCUCUUCCUAUCUGUGGACCGAACCCUCACCCGGUGCCUUCGGUGGCUGUGGCGCGGCUCCCUCGGCCGGCGAAGCCCCCGCGGGGCAGAACCCCGAGGGAGAAUUUGGAGGGCAGAUUAUUGAAACACUGAGUCACCACAAGUCUACUCCCGGCAAACUAUUUAAGCACACACAAAUCAGUGUGAAAGAUCCAACGAGACAUGUCUGAGUGAUUAACAGCCCAAAUUUAUUAAGGUUAGCUCAUGCCAAAUGCAGCAGAGUGCCUUCAGCAGAGUUGCUGAUGAAGACGAUAACAGGGAACACAGUGCAGGGGAUACCUGAAUUCCAGAGACAAAUCCUCUUAUAUAGCCCCACUACAUAAUGAACAAAGAAACCACAGCAUGCCAACUAGAUUAACAAAAAGCUAGCAGAAAAACCCCCACAAUGAGUCAGAAAACUAGCUCAGGAAGGAGAAACAGAAUACAAUCAUCAUCACUUAGCUCUUCAAGUGGAAAACAGUACGGAGGGGCUGGCCAAAGCACGCUGCAGGGAUAAAGGGGAAUGUCUUCAGUUUAAUCCAUCUUAAGCCCUGGAAGUGGGGGUGUAGGUGGGCCAGUGUCAGACCAUCUUCUUGCACUGAGAAAUAACUCGGCAUCUUCAGUCACUCACAGAUCAGGGGAGGAAGGAGCUUGACCCUUACCUGGGAGACUGGAUGUGAAAGGCACACCCCGAAUUCCUGCGUGGGAGAUGAUGUGCAGCUGCCCUGUGCCCCAGGCAGCAGGAAAGUCUGUCCCUUGAGCCCGGGCACACAGCUCUGCCCUCUCACCGACUGUGGAGACAACCUGCCUGCCCCCCAAAGAACCCACCUGUCCCCGAAGAACCCACCUGCCCCCACAGAACCCGCCUGCUCUCUCCCGCCGCCUCCCCCCGCCACUACUUCUGCGCUGCGGUGGGCAAAGGAACGCUUCUGAUCUCCCAGAGUUUGGAUGGAGCCCAGGCAGGAAUACCGGCAAGUGAGGGCAGGUCUAGCACCAGGCACAGCGUGCAGCCAGUGCUUGGUUUGAAGACUAAUGGCAUUUCACAAGCUGCCCUGUCCUACCAGUGCUCAGCAGUGAUCCCCACCCCAGUUCCAGGGUCUGUUCCUAAACUGCUCUCCUGAGGUGAUACCAGAGUACUCCCAGUGCUUGGCUCUUCCCAAUGUGCAGAGCAGGUACAUUGGAGGCCCCUCUCUCCCCAAAUGGGCUGUUGAUGUUGGGUGUCUGCACUGGAGCAGGACUAAUGUCCUUUGGGGUCCCUGAUGGGAUGGGGCAGGGGUACCAAAGGCUGCUCUGAGCAGUGCUGGAGAGAGCCAGGAGGGACUGGCCAGAGCAGGCAGGGGUGUGGGUGCUGUGCCUGGGGUGUGCUGGAGCAAACCCUCCCUCGGGAGGUCACAUGGAGUCCCCACAGGCAGCAAAUCAAAAGCACCUCUUGCCCUGCUCCCCAGCCCUGGUAUUUUGUUCUUUGCCCUGGUAUAAAGGGCUGGAUUAAUGUACUUGGCCCUUGACUGAUGUUUCACUCCCCCAGCAGCCCACACUGGCUGAUGCUGCCCAGUUCAGUAGUGCCAAAUUGCAGAAGGACACUGCGGCGAACUGUCAGUGGAGAGCAGCUCUCGCUUAACCAGAGGCAAGAGGGAAAAAAUAGUAAUAAACCCCCCCAAAAGCCACAGUCUUUGCAGGAACCGGGUCUGAUUGUACAACAGAGUAGUCUGUCACUUGAAGAGACUCCUCCAUGACAGGCCCAUAAAAGUCUCCUUGGCAGAUGAGAACAGACUAAUUGCUUUAUAAAAUCAGAUGAAUGGACAAUCUAAUGCAUCUGCUGGAGACAAACCCAACUGCUUUAUGGGACACUGUAAGGGGCAAGUACAGGGUGUGUUCCCAUUAAUGGAAUUUCUGCUUAUUACUUCACAAUUAAUGGGGCUUUAGAGCAUGAUGGUUUAUAUUCUCUGUAUCAUUCCCACAUGCUUUCAUUGCAUACAUCUGUAUCCGAUCCAUACUGUGUCCUGCAGGCUGUGGGACCUUGGUGGUCUCCUGUCUCCAGGAUUUCUGCUCUGUAGGGACCUGCAGUUUGUGUUUGUAGCUGACAGCAGCAACAGGGAUUUUCAAAGCCUCAUUCUGACCGUUCCUUGCUGUUCCUACAGCACUGCAGAAGACAUUUCCAUUUCAAACCCACACUUGGAGCCAAGCUGAACACCACAAUCAGUGUGACUCCGGGGUGGCCAGACUGUGGGUACCGAUAGGAGAUAAUUUAUGAUACCUAACAAAAAUGAUGGCAGCAAGUUUCAGAGCAGCAGAUUUUGUUUCUAUUUUUGAGACAGACAAUAUUUGUUUGCAGCCACAUCCUGUCUCAGGCAGUUUUCCACAGGAAUUAAGCAAUCAAUUAAUCAAUGGUCUCAACCUUUCGCAGCUUCCUUCAUCUUCCACAGCUUAUUUUGACCUUUUACUGGUGCUAUAUGCCAAACAUGGCAGAAUUCAGAAUACAAGGAGUGCCUGGAUCACUUCAGUGAUGGAUUUACCACAGUUCCACCAGUGGGGAGUUGCAGUAGGCUGGGUGGCUCUGGGCUGUUUUGGACAGUUUCAUUUGCUUUUGAACUGUAAUGCACUGCUCAGACCUUUCACCUUCAGGUUAAUAAACCAAAUCUCUCCUAAAGGCUGGAAAGGAAUCGAGUUUUAGUUUUUACCAUUACAGUAUUUCUUUCACAGUACGUUGUCAUUCCUGAACUCCACAGUUCAGUUAUUUAACUGUUCAUCUCCAUUUCUCACCCUGUUCUGGAAUUAAACACACCAGUUGCUCGUGCUGAUGAGCAGUGACUGACGCCGACUGUUCCUGCAUGGAGAUGGCAAUGGCUGCACUCCAAAUAAAGUCUUUAAUGCAGUGUC